CUUGUCAACAGUCACUGUCAUUGUCUUCAAAAGUCAAAAUCCAUUGUCAUUAAUUAAAGCAAUCGAAACUGUGAAUCAGCUGUGUUAUUAGUUCUGUGAUCUACUUACCCAAAACGCCCCCAGUACUAAUCUAACGGCUUCUUGUGCACAAAAACCCAAAUGUCCAACCAUCGAUACGUAAAAUCAACGAAUCCCUUCGAAGACGACGACGAUGUGGAUGAUGAAACGUUUUUACGGAAUUCCCGAAGAACAAAUGAGACCCAGCCAUCCUUCGAAGACCAGCUCCAGACAUUCCAGGAACGCAAACGAGCAAUAGAAGACCGCACCAUCAACAGCACCCAGAAGAGUUUAAGUAUUUUGAGAGACUCGGAGCAGAUUGGGAUAGCAACGGCCGAGGAGCUGAUGAGACAGCGGGAGAAGCUGGAAAAAACUGACAAACAGUUGGAUGAAAUCAACGCCACGUUGAGAUUCUCGCAAAAACAUAUCAACGGAAUUAAGUCGGUUUUUAGCAGUUUGAAGAAUUAUAUGUCUGGGAAAAACGAUGCCAGUCCAAGUCCGCCUGCAACUUCCAAAAAGGAGCAAGAUGCCGCCGAUUUGCAUCAGGAGUUUGAGGAGAAACUUUCAACGUACGACCGGUUUGAGAAUCACCCCAGUACGAGAGUACGAAACUUGGAUUACAGUUCGCCCCCGUCGCAGACUUCAGGGAGUAAAGACUUUAGUGCACGCCUUGACGCUAAUUUGCAAGAAAUGUGUUCAAACAUCUCGCGUUUGAAAGGUUUGGCUACUGAUUUAUCAGGCGAGAUUGAUUCACAAAAUGAUCUGAUUAGUACAAUUACUGAUAAAGCGGAAACAGCUGAUAUGAAUAUUUCCAAACAGAAUAAAGAUAUGUUGAGACUAUUGAAGAAAAAUUGAAGUGUGUAGUAAGUUAUUAAAUCUAUGUGGGUUAAAGUGUGUUGAUCUGUUGCUACAAAUCAAAAUUAGGUUUAUCAAGCAUGAGUGUGGUUGAUUUUUUGUGAUAAUUAAAUUGGCAGAAGUGGAUUAUGCAGACGAGAUUUUUCCUAUUUUCAAUACUCUAGUUAGGUGUAGUUAAGAUUUCUAUAUGCUAUUGAUUAUCACAUUUGUUUAUUUUUGAUGAUUUAAUAAAAUAUGCUAUUAUUUAUAUA